CGCCGCCAGCAUGCCCAAGAGGAAGGUCAGCUCUGCCGAGGGGGCGGCCAAGGAAGAGCCCAAGAGGAGGUCGGUGCGCUUGUCGGCGAAGGUGGAAGCGAAGCCCAAGAAGGCCGCCGGGAAGGAUAAGUCAUCAGACAAGAAAGUGCCAGCAAAGGGGAAGAGAGGAGCAAAGGGAAAACUGGCCGAGGUGGCUCACCAAGAAGCUAAAGAAGACUUGCCUGCAGAAAACGGAGAAACGAAAAACGAGGAGAGUCCAGCCUCUGAUGAAGCAGAAGAGAAAGGAGCCAAGUCCGAUUAAUACCAUACACCAUGUGUUACAGUGGUCCCUGUCUCCCUUCUUGUACAAUCCAGAGGAAUAUUUUUAUCAACUAUUUUGUAAAUGCAAGUUUUUUAGUAGCUCUAGAAACAUUUUUAAGAAAGAAGGAAGCCCACCUCAUCCCAU